CACAUUUACCGGAAGUAGAACCUGGAGGCCAUAGAGUGGAAUUGUGGGAAAGUGUGGGAGUGAGUGUGACCGGUUUUCACUGGAAAGCACAGCAACAACGGCUGCAUUUGCUCAGUUCUCUGGAAUAUAAAAGGCAGGAGAAUUCGUGUCACCUUCUUUGGGCGUAACCCACCGACAGAGGCGGCCGCGUGAGUGAGUCGCCGAGCGCAGCGCUGCGCCGCGCCUGCGGGGAUGUUCCUCACGCUGGCGCUCUUCCGGAAGGGCAUUCCGGGCAAGCAGUGGAUCGGGAAGUACCGGCGCCCGCGCCACGUCACGUGGCAGAUGAAGCGCAACGUGGUCGCGCGCCUCGAGCUCGAGGCCGAGAACGAGUACUGGCUGAGUCGGCCGUUCAUGAGCGCGGAGCAAGAGCGCGGCCACGCGGCCGAGCGGCGCCUGCGCAACUGGCUGCAGCUGAAGGAGUCGAAGGCGAGCAAAAUGCCCGAGCACAGGUUCAUCGCGGAGCACCUGGCGCACCUGAACACCACCAAGAACUGGUCCAGCCAGUGAGCGAGAGAGCGAGCGAACGAGUGGUCGGGCGACCGGCCCUCCAGUCAGUGUCUCGCACGCAGGGGUUCUGGAAACGUCCGAUUACCCAUCAUAUGCAAAUACAGCCGUGAGCCGCUCCCGACUUUUCACACGUGUUUGUUUUCCCUAACUCACCUUAACUUAAGACUUAAUCGAAGCAAACUGCCUGGAAAGCGGAUUCUUUUUGAGCGUGAACCGCAUCCCUGUUAUGUUCAGGUGGACGGAUAUCUGUGUGUGGUUUUUUUUUCCCCCCCCCCCGUAAAAUA